AGCUCGUAUAGGGAUAGGCUCUUCCUCCAUUUCCGGCUCAGGGACCCGUGCGCACUACGGCUUCCGGUAUCAUGGCGGCGUAAGGUCCCGGGACUCGGUGAGGCGGCUGCAGGCCCCUCCCUGCGAAGCCGCUGGUCCGGCGGGCGGGGAUGUGACCGCGGGUCCUGCCGGCCUGCCUCGGGCGUCGCGUCAGCUCCCGUGUCAGUGCCCUCUGCUCGCACCGAUGGCGGGAUCCAGCUGCGCCUGGGGCGCGGAACCGCCGCGGUUUCUGGAGGCCUUCGGGCGGCUGUGGCAGGUACAGAGCCGCCUGGGUAGCGGCUCCUCGGCCUCGGUGUAUCGGGUGCGCUGCUGCGGCAACCCCGGCUCGCCCCCCGGCGCCCUCAAGCAGUUCUUGCCGCCAGGAACUACGGGGGCUGCGGCUUCGGCCGCAGAGUAUGGUUUCCGCAAAGAGAGGGCGGCGCUGGAGCAGUUGCAGGGUCACAGGAACAUCGUGACUUUGUAUGGAGUCUUUACAAUUCAUUUCUCUCCAAAUGUGCCAUCACGGUGUCUGUUGCUUGAACUCCUGGACGUCAGUGUUUCGGAAUUGCUUUUAUAUUCCAGUCACCAGGGUUGUUCCAUGUGGAUGAUACAGCAUUGUGCCAGAGAUGUUCUGGAAGCCCUUGCUUUUCUUCAUCAUGAGGGUUACGUCCAUGCAGACCUCAAACCACGUAACAUACUGUGGAGUGCAGAGAAUGAAUGUUUUAAACUCAUUGACUUUGGACUUAGCUUCAAAGAAGGUAAUCAGGAUGUAAAGUAUAUUCAGACAGACGGGUAUCGGGCUCCAGAAGCAGAACUGCAGAAUUGCUUGGCCCAGGCUGGCCUGCAGAGUGAUACAGAAUGUACCUCAGCUGUUGAUCUAUGGAGCCUAGGGAUCAUUUUACUGGAAAUGUUCUCAGGAAUGAAACUGAAACAUACAGUCAGAUCUCAGGAAUGGAAGGCAAACAGUUCUGCUAUUAUUGAUCACAUAUUUGCCAGUAAAGCAGUGGUGAAUGCUGCAAUUCCAGCCUAUCACCUACGAGACCUUAUCAAAAGCAUGCUUCAUGAUGAUCCAAGCCGAAGAAUUCCUGCUGAAAUGGCAUUGUGCAGUCCAUUCUUUAGCAUUCCUUUUGCCCCUCAUAUUGAAGAUCUGGUGAUGCUUCCUACUCCAGUGCUAAGACUGCUGAAUGUGCUGGAUGAUGAUUAUCUUGAGAAUGAGGAAGAAUAUGAAGAUGUUGUAGAAGAUGUAAAAGAGGAAUGUCAAAAAUAUGGACCAGUGGUAUCUCUGCUUGUUCCAAAGGAAAAUCCUGGCAGAGGGCAAGUCUUCGUGGAGUAUGCAAACGCUGGUGAUUCCAAAGCUGCUCAGAAAUUACUGACUGGAAGGAUGUUUGAUGGGAAGUUUGUUGUGGCUACAUUCUACCCGCUGAGUGCCUAUAAGAGGGGAUAUCUGUAUCAAACCUUGCUUUAAUCAGUAACCUAAGGACUGUUUCCUGUUUCUCCUCUUCCAUUUCCUGGGUUAUUGUAUUCCAUAUCUGAAUGCAGGAGUUCCCCUCCCAUUUUUAAGGGGGUACUUUUUACAUUUAUUUAAUCCUCCUAAUGUGCAGCCAUUGCCCAAGCAGUGACUGCAUCGCAGAUGUUUGGCACUGAGUAGGACAAGACCUCUCAGCUAUACAUUGAGGGGCGUUAGAGCAUCCAUGUGGGCAGCCUUUUCUUGUGCAGUACGGCAGGUGCUGCUCUUCACUAUAUAACCUAAAAAGACACUAAUUAUUUUACGUGACCAUAAAGUAAGGGUGAAUGUAUUGUAGUGAAUAUUAUUAACAAAUUUGUUAAAGGUUGGUGACAUUACUUAGAGAUUCUUUCUUUAUGUUGACAGGUGGUUCUUUCUUAUUUUGAUACUAGAGUAUCAGAGCUGGCACUGGAUGCUCUCAGUAAUGUUAAGUACCCUGUUUUCCCGAAAAUAAGACAUCCUCCGAAAAUAAGACCUACUUACAGGAAAGAUAAGACGUCCCCUGAAAAUAAGACCUAGCGCAUCUUUGGGAGCACACCUUAAAAUAAGACACUGUCUUAUUUUCGGGGAAACGGGGUAAUUUUCAAGCAGCAGUUACCUACUGUGUUCUUAACACUGAGUUGUGAAUCUUUUUAAAGGAGUACUGUAUGACUGAAUAUUUCUUUAAAGAAACUGCAGUGAGCCUAUCUACAUUUUUUUUUUAAUUAAGGCUUUUAAAAUAGAAAGCUGAUGCUUGAUCUUGCACAAUUUUUAUGUCUAGUAUGUAUGCUUGAGUGAGAGCGCAAAUGUGAAAGAUUAGAGAAAAUUUGAGUCAGUAUACUUUAUAGCGUGAAUCUUGUGAGCUAAUACAGUCUACACCCAUCUUUUCCCUACCUGUUUCACAUCUGUAAGAGUUAGUAUAUGUUUUUUGAGAGUUGGGUUAGUUUGAUAGAAUGUAAAUGAUAAAAUAGUCCAUUCCUGACAGGCUCAGAGCAAACUGGAGUCUAGCCUAGAGUUAUGUUGAAACUCUCAAAGUGAUUGGAACAAAAAAAAAAAAAAAGGUUUUGCUACUUGUGAAUUAUCCCCACCUUCAGUGUACUAUAGACCUUGUAUUGGCUCAUUGUCUUAGUGUUGAUUCUCCUAAAAUUGUAAGAUUUCUUAAGAUGUGGCUCUUCUGCAACUAUGGAAAAUUGGAGUGGAUAAAAAAGAAAGAAUUAGAUAUAUAGUGGAAGGAAAAAGAAAAACAGUCAGAGGGGGUGAGUAAUCAAGGAUUCUUUUUUUCUUCCUUUCUGUCUUUCUUUGUCUCUUUCCUCUUCUCCCUCAUUCUCUGCCUCUGUCUGUAGCUGAAGAAAAGCUAGAGGAAUGGCAUAGUCUGGCUUUUGACUGCAAGGAAGUUAAGAAAGAUAAUAGAUAUGACAAUGUCAAAGUAGAAAGGAAGAAAAAUUUGGAAGAAUUCUUAGAAGACUUGUAACAAUCUAAUAAGUCCCUGAGACGAGGAUGUCAAUAUGCAUGAGUUCUUGGACCCAGGUUAAUGACCUGGUUUUAAGAAUUAUAAUUAUGGAUUCUUCUCACUUUAUGGUAGAUUAUCUGUAAAGGUAUAAAAAUUAGGAAACUUUAUAAAGCACUGAUUAUACAAAAAAAAAGACAAAUCGUAUACAGGUUAUGAACUUUUUGCCUGUUUUCCUUACCUGAAUGAAAUUUUUAUUUAUUAAUUAUUUUUCCUAAGGAAAAAGUGUUUUAAAAACUUUCCCUGCUUUGAGCCUCCUCAUAAUCUUUCCUUGUGUGUGCCAUGCAGAUUACUGAGAGUCCAAUUAGAAUUUACAUUUUGGAGAAUGAAUUCUUUCCCCCUUUCAAACAACCACUAUUUGACAUUUUAGGUAUAGUUACCAAAUUACUGAGGUCUCUUUUUAAUAUUUAUUAGGAAGCCAAAUUUGGUAUAAGGAGGCUGAUUUAUGAAUUACCAAAGGGUCUUGCGGCAUGGUCCUCAAUAUGUGCCCUUAGAAGGAAUAACUAUUAUGUUUUAUUUUGGACUUUUCAGAGAUUAAUUAGCUUGAUUACAAUUCAAAAUUCAAGGGAGUAGAACCAGGAUCGUAAAGACCUAAGCUCUCUUAAAACAUAAAUGUUUGAAUGGGUAGCAGCUUUUGUGGUGAUGAGAAACGUUAGGUUUUUACAUGUGUUCUGAUGAACACAGAAUAAUACCAUUGAGUUCUUUUUGUGGGCAAAUGUUCUAGGUUAGCACCUGUAACUUUCUCUCCCCCACUUCCUAAAAAGAAAAACCCUUACAAAUAAACUGCAGGCGAGGCUUCUAAGCUUAGUCAUGCAGUAUGCUGCUAACAUCUUGAUGCUGAACUUGCCAGCAUUCUUUAUCAUCAUCAUCUUAUUGUUGAUAGAGUCAUAUGUAUAUUUAGUGUUUAACACUGUAGACUAUUUUUACAGAAGAUGCAAACCAGAUGUUAAGGGAGUUGAGAGAAUAUUGAUGAGCCUUGAAUUAACCAUGCAUUGAAUUAAAUACUCUAUGUUAAAGCCACAGGAUCGAAAAAAGAUGCCUCCCAUGUUUCAAAUUGUCGUUUUAUAACUCUUAGCCCAUUCUACCAAAGAUAACAUUAGCAGGUUCUCCCUCCCUUCUAAGAUUACUUAAUGUCUUUCUUAAACCUGAACCAAAUACUAUCAGAAAAUGCAAUUUUCACAAUUCCUUUAAGAUGAAACAGGGAUUUUGAUUUCAUAAAGUUAUUGAAAAUUUUGAAAGUUUCCUUUUGAGAGUCAGGGUAAUGAGAUGAGGGUUCCUGUCAUUUAACCCCUACCCUUUUUGGCAAAUUUUAUCUCAGGUAGUUUUUCUUUUUCUAAAUUAAUUCUUAUGCUUCCUUGCCUUUCAUUUGUAAAUACCUGUACUGCCUCUUACCUUCUUAGUUAACUUUUUUAUUGUUCUGUGGUGUUGCUGUGGCCCGUUUUGCAUCCAAAAAGGCAUAUAGAGUGAUUAUUCUAUAGGAAAUCUGUGAUUCUUUAGAAACAUUUAGAGGAGGUGGCUAGCUAGCUGCUAGCAAAAUUAUAAUGCUGAAUUAGAGAAGAACAAGUAGAGUUAGACAUUUCAGUAAGAGCACUAGCUAGAAGUAAGUAUUGACUACCUUUUAAAGGAAUUUAAAAAUAUUAUCCUCUUGCAAUAAGAGAUCUGCAUUUAUUACCAAUGGAUGUCUUCCUUGGUUUUUGGCUAUCAAUAUAGCAACUCUCUUUAGAGAAAUUCCCUUUCUGCUAUGUCUUGAGCCAAAACUAUAGCUGCUUUUAGAACAGAAACCAUAAAUAAUGGUUAUAUUCAUCCUUCUCUUUGUUUUCAUUGAGAGAAAAUAUUGCCUUUUUGGUAGUCCAACUGCUAAAGAAUGCUGAGAUAAUGUUAAAUUAACCUUCAAAAGAAAAUCUCUGAAUUUUUAUUUAACUUGCCUUCUAGAUUCAUGUUACUUAUAUUUUAACUUUUCAGCAAAUUUAUUAGAAGGAAUGCUGCCAGAAAGAGUACUUCCAUAUAAGGGAAGCUGAAGAGAAACUAUGGAGAUGAGCCUUUAUCUAUCUUACUACACUGGACUUUACCCUGGUGAGGGCAUCACUUAGAUUUUCCUGGACUAAAUUAAAGGCAGAGGUAGAGCACUUACCAGAGCCCUUCACCGGUGUUCAUCAAAUACCAGUAACUAACAUUUUAGCAUCAUUUUCAUAGGUCUUAUUUUCUGACUUUAUCAAAUUAGGCCUAUUUUACAAAUUUUUACUAUCAGUUUCACUUGGCAGCAUGAAAUUUUAUUUUUUACAAUUUAAUAAAAAUCAGCACCAUGGUUCUAACUUUAAUAAUAUAGUUACUGGGUGAGAGUGUGAAACACUCCAUGUGUUUAUCAAGACUCUUAUGCAAGGGUACGUACUAGGUGCCUGUAUUCAGAUUAGGGUACAGGUGGAAUCUCGUCACGACUUUUGGUCAGGUGGAUGUAUAGAUAGAUUAAGCAAGUGCCUUUUGUUUCUGGAAAAUACUAAAAGUCAUUUGGGUAAAAGCUUCCCAGAUGAUGGCAAUUAAUUGCACCUCUGCCUUUCCCUUGGAAUAACGUUUGGAUUGAGUCACAGUAUAAAAGUCCAAAAUAUCCUUGGUUUACCUUUUUGUGUAUGUGCAUAAAACUAUUCAUAUUUGAUUUUAUUCAGAUAUUACUUAUGAUGGAAAAGCCAGAGUUAUCUGGCAGAAUUUAAUUCUUCCUUGCAUCUAGUUCCAUUUUUAAUAUCAGGCUCCUUCCUCAAAUCUUACUACUGUAGCUCUCUCUGAUAUUAUUUAUUUAUUUAUUGUCAAUUAUGGUCACAUGCAGACCAAUCCUUGGUCACAAUUAACUCAAAGGAAUUCCCAUUUCUUCUUAAGGUGCUCAAUAAAUCACCUUUAUUUUGAGAUGGUAAUCUUUCAAGUUAAUAUCACUUACUAGCUUUCUCAAUGAAUAUAUAAAUGUUGUCUCCAUCAUAUGGAGCUCAUCUGAGCCUCUUGUAGUAUAUUUGGUAAAUUCCAUUCUUAAUCAUAGGGAAACAUGGAGAUGUUAGUUUUUAGAAUACCCAGAAUUUUAAAGAUUUUGUUUUGCUUUGUUUUGUUUUAGUUAGCUGCUUAUCUACCUGAUACUGCAGGAUAUAUCAUGUUUCUUAUACUAGCCACUUGCCCCAGAUGUUUUUCACUAUUUUUUAAAUUACAUGAUGAUCAGGAGAUUCAUAUAGUGGCAUGCAGUUGACAAGUAAGUACUACAGAUAUGUAAGAAGAAAGUAAAUCUAAUUUUAACUAUUUUUGCUGUGAUUUUAUAGGAGAAAUUGGCUGUAAAAGAAAUGUCUAUAAACCAGAGAGCAUUUAGGAUAUUUUAUAUUUUAUAGGUGGUCACUAAGGUGAUCUUAAAGGUGUAAGAUACAUAGUUUACACAGACUUUAUUCUGAUAGGAAGUUUUUAUUCAUUUUCCUACAGCUCAGCACUUUCGUUGUUCUUAUACUACUUCUGAGGAUUAGUGUUUUAAAUUUGCUUUAUUUGCGCUUUUCAGAGAGUUGUCAUAAUCAAGACAGUUGUGGUUGUGGUACCAGAAAGGCUGGAAUUCAUGGGAAACUAAUCAAAUGAUUGCCCAGGUAUUAUUUCCCAUUACAUUGGGUAGCUAUCAUAAUACCCUGAAAACAAGUGAUAGCUCUUCUAAAAGCUAUGUUUGUUUUGUGAUCUUGGCUCGUAGUGUCUUAAUUUAAAGGCAAAGAAAAACAUUUUUACUUGCCUCAUACUACAUAUAAUCACUAAUUCUUGCACAGAAGAGAGCUUGUUUUGUUAUACUACUUUGUAUAAUGAGAAUAAGUCACAUUCUGGGGGGAAAAAACAACUAGAAUUGUUCAUUUUACUUAUGGGUUUUUUUUGGGGGGGCAGGGGGAAUCAAUACCUACUUUUUCCGGAGGGGAACCCUGCUUGCUGCCAUAAGCUCUUGAUUGUUAGCAAGAGAAUUAUUUAUAAUCACUUUUUUAUUCCAGGUUGGAAUUGCCUUCCCCUUCUAAGUUAUCACCUCUUAAUAAUAUACAUGAUAUCAGGACAAUUAAGUGUAUAAAAGCAAAUGUGGUAAAAUAUUCUAAAAUCAUGCAUAUGGAGACACAAAAUCUCUUCAGCUAUUUGAAUUAUGUAGCUGUAUUAUCUUACUACCCUGGGUCAUCAGAGACUGCCAAAUUUAAGAAUAAGGAGGAGAAAGGUAAUAAAACAAGGAGAGGGGGAAGAAAAUGUCUUCCUUACUGGUAUUAGUAAUCUUCCAUUCAGUUAGUGAUCUAAAAAUGGUAUUUACUUUUAAAAAUCUAGAUUUGGUACUUGUAGCACAGAAACAUUGCCUUUCCUAUACAUUCCUUAUUAUUGUUUUCCCAGAAAAUUAUUUUAAGAGUUUGUGAAACUGGAUUACAUAUCCCUAGUAACUUUGGCCUAAUUCUUACAAAUAAAUAUUUGUACUCCAGCUAUUUUGUGUAUGUUACCACUCUUGCAAGUCAAGGAUCAGAAGGAAACUGGGAUGAGCCAUCUCUGUAUUGCCCUUUGCACAUUGGGUACAGUGAGUGGCAUUAGUAAGCACUGGCUGCAAAAUUACAGCACCUUAUGGAGCUAAGUAGUGUUUAUUUAUUAAAAGAAAAAAGUUUGUAUGUCUUUAGAAAAUUUACUUUGCAGAGUGUAAACUGUCCUAUCUUUUCCAGUAAGAUUUAUUCUUUCAUAGUUAAUUUUCUUUUGAAAAAUCUUAAGUAAUUUAACAUUCCUUUAUGUCCUCUUAACAGUGUCAAAUCUGGGGUGGAAGGGACUUUUUUUUCCCCAAAAAAGGGCUCCAUCUUUGCUAUCAUUGGAUUACUCCUAGGAAUCCACUUAUGGUCAACAAAUGUUAACUUAUGGUGUCCUGUGUCAGUACUGGAGUGGUUGCUUGUGAAUAUAAAAACCUCGUACUGUGUUCCUAGUAACAUGUAAUUACUAUGUUUUUGAAAAGAAGGUAUGGUUAGAAAAAAUGUGAAUUUUCACUUAAACCAAAGCCAGUUAUAAGGAGUCUUCUCUCCUGGUGGUUUACCUUCACCUCAGAACCACGAGAAUAUUAUUACAGUACAUAGUGGAUAGUUGUCUGUAACAUUUCUUCCAGUUCCAAUUGCAUAUUGGUCUUGGCAUUUCUUGGCACUAUGGUUUUCUGUUCUUUGUGAUGCCUUAUUGUUUGUGAGGUUUCUUUUUUUAAUUAAAUAACCGAGUGGGACUAUAGAUGUAUGUCAGAACCAGGAAGUUCUUUUCUCAGAUCCCUGAAUUUCUUUUAAACUUGUUUUUUCUUGCUGAGUAGCAAAGGACUUUUAUUUUCCACUUUCCUAUAUAACUAAAAAGUAUGAACACUGCAUUUUAAUUGACUGUAUUGCGUACUUUUUUGCUGAAAACUUUUUCUGUGAACACAAUUGCCUUGUUCAGUUUUGGUGUAAACUGACCUACCAUAAGAUGCACUGUUGAUAUGUGUGUUUGAUAAGAGUGAUAAAAUAAAGCUUAAAAAUAAAGAAA